ACCAAAACUAACUCCAUUUAACUAAACAUAAAAACAAACAACUUUUUCACCAACUACACCACACCAAUAACCAUUUCCAAAAGCCUAAGAUCAGUUAGACAACAUAAACAACCUACCAAGCUUAUAAGAAAUUGUGUGACAUGAUAUAAAUUUCAAUCCACAAAACAAGAACAACAAAGAGAAUAACAACAAUUAACAAUGGCUAAAUUACCUCAAAUAAAUCAUAAUAACAAUACAAGUAGCAGCACUAAUAUAUUGUUGUCUUCAACAUGGGGAAUUAGAACCAGUUUUCAAGUUCUUAUAAUGAUCCUCAUUACUCUUGUCAUCUCUGUCCUUUACUUCACUCAGGACUCCGAUGGAUUAAGAUCGUUGUCGCCGUCGUCGUCGCCAUUGCCGUCAUCGCCGAGAGAAGAGCAUGAUGAUGUUGUUAGGGAUACAAUGGAAGAAGUACAAAUAAUGAUGCAAAAGUGCGAUUAUUUUUCAGGGAAAUGGGUGUUUGAUAAUAAAACUUACCCUUUGUAUAAAGAGAAAGAGUGUAGUUUCAUGUCAGAUCAGUUGGCUUGUGAGAAGUUUGGACGUAAAGAUUUGAGUUAUCAAUAUUGGAGAUGGCAACCUCACCAUUGUGACCUCCUAAGGUUCAAUGCCACAGCAUUACUAGAGAAGCUGAGGAACAAGAGACUGGUGUAUGUUGGAGAUUCCUUGAAUAGAGGACAAUGGAUUUCUAUGAUCUGUUUGGUGGACUCCAUAAUUCCAUCUUCCCACAAAUCCAUGCAAACUAAUGGCUCUUUGUCCACCUUCAAAGCCAUUGAAUAUAAUGCAACAAUAGAGUUCUAUUGGGCUCCACUAUUGGUUGAGUCUAAUUCAGAUGAUCCUAUAAAACAUCGGCUGCCUGAGAGAAUUGUUAGAACUCAAGCAAUUGAGAAGCAUGCCAGAUAUUGGACUAAUGCUGAUUUCCUCAUUUUCGACUCUUACUUGUGGUGGAAAAGGCCCAUUAUGAAAGUCCUGUGGGGAACAUUUGAAAGUUCUGACGGAAUAUAUAAAGAGGUAGAAAUGCUAAAGAGUUAUGAAAUGGCACUAAGGACAUGGUCAGAUUGGUUAGAAAUCCAUGUCAACCAUAACAAAACUCGAAUGUUUUGGAUGAGCAUGUCUCCUACCCAUGAAAGGAGCGAAGAAUGGGGAGGAGUAAGUGGGCUAAAUUGUUAUAAUGAAACACAACCUAUAAAGAAGUUAGAUUAUUGGGGAAGUGGAUCAGAUCCAAAUAUGAUGAGAUUAGUGGAAACAACAAUUGACAAGAUGAGCAAAAACGGGUUAAACGUCCAACUACUCAACAUAACUCAACUCUCUGAAUAUAGAAAAGAGGCCCAUCCAUCAGUUCAUAGAAAGCAAUGGGAGCCUCUCACAAAGGAGCAAUUAUUAAAUCCGUAUGGAUAUGCGGAUUGUAUUCAUUGGUGUCUUCCUGGUGUUCCUGAUACUUGGAAUGAAAUUCUCUAUACCUAUAUUUUUAGUUCCUUAUGACGACACAUAAAUACGUAUUUCUUUUUGAAGUGUGAUACAUAAUAUUUUGUAUAUGUAGUAUAUGUUUAAAACUACCCUAGUUAAUAUUGUUCAUUUUGCAAUAGCCAAAGGGCUCAAGCAAUGUCGAUUGUUAGUGAGAUCUCCACAAUAUUCGAUUAAUUGUAUAUAUCACUUUAGAGUUUAAAGGACAUGCUUCCAUUCUAA